AUGGCUCUUAAAGAGUUUGUAUUAACCUACCAACACAAGACAGUUUUAAGUGAUUUAAUAUUAAUUGAGAAAGCAAAACUACUUGCUAAUAGAUUAGGAGUUCCUGUGGGCAUAUUAAAUUUUUCUUUGGGUUGGCUUCAGAAGUUUAAAGAACGUAAUAGAAUUGGUCGUGAAAAGUUGUAUGGAGAAGAUGGAUCAGUUAAUGAAAAUAUUAUUAUUAGAGAACUUCUAUUAUUACGAAAUAAGUAUAGUGAUUAUCCUCUUGAACGAAUAUACAAUAUAGAUGAAACUGCACUUUUUUAUCAAUUAGAACCAGAUUAUUUACUAGCUACACAACUACCAUUGUUUAAUGAACUAUUAAUUGAAACACCAUUACUUGAAGUGCUUUCUCAAAAUCUUAAUAAUCUUAAUUUUCCUGAUGCAAUAUAUAUAGAAGAAUAUCUAGCUAUUCCUGAAGAGAAUAUCGUAUAUAAAGUUCCUAAUAAGGAUGAAAUUAUUAUAAAUCUUAUUGAGACAUUUAGAAGAACUGAUGCUGAGUAUAAUAAAAAUCAAGAAAUGGCAGAUGAUAGCAUUGAAAAAGAGAUUAUAAGCCUGAAUGUAGCUUUAAAAAGUUUGAAGAAUAUCCAUACUUACUUACUUCAACAAGAAGAUACAAAUAAAUGUAUCAA